CCGGUAGUACUUCAAUUUCCAAAACUGUUGUGCUACAGCGUAAAAGUGCAAAAGCGGCGCUAAUUCGGUGAGCCUCUUGAGUUCAGGGGCCGCUAAAGUUUAGAUCGUUAUGUGAACCGAAGUGGGUGGUUGAUAUCCUGGCUUUCUUGAGUACUUUCUACUGAAGGAAAUGGAUGACGAGCUGGAGAACUUCAUCAGAGAACGCAAGGCGCGAGUGGCCGAGGAUAAGGCCAGUCUAGAAAAAGACCCUCCCUACAUGGAAAUGAGGGCAAAACCCUGCAGAGCAUACGGGUCCACCGUAAAAGAGAACAUCCCUCCAAGGAUUACCAUCCAAGGAAAAGACGAGAGCUGCAGCGUUGGUCUGCCGCUUGGUGCCGAGUAUGAGAAGAAGAAACACCGGCUGCAACAUGAACUGCGGAUGGACUACAGACGCUACAUGGCUCAGCUCCAACCUGACCUCCGAAAAAACGGGAACAGUCACUUUGUGACUGGACUUGUAAUAGGAGCGGCCGACACAAAUGAGGCUUUGCAGAGAAAGAAGGAGCGCUACAGGCAGGAGCUGCAAGAGCAGAUAGCUGAGCAGCUCCGCAACAAGAAGAGGGAAAAGGAUCUGGAGCUGAAGGUUGCUGCGACAGGAGCGAACGACCCUGAGAAACUGCCGGACCGAAUCAGACAGUUGGGUCUGAGCAGGAGGGAAGGUCCUGUUAUGACUGAGCCUUCAGCAACCGCAGAGAGCGGCUCGUCAUCCAGAACCACAGCCAGUGUGGAGGGAGCUGCCGUCAGAGGGAGGGACAUCCCAGACGCUGCCUUCCAGUCCCCUCUGCUGGAGUACAGCUCCGCUCUGGGCCUGGGGGAAGGACAUCUGUCUCCCAGCAGCCAGCACAGCAGCCUGACACACAGAAACAACGCCUUCCUCCCUCAGCCGCCCUCUUCACUAAGGGAAGCUUACAGAACCCCAUACGGAGAACCCCAUCAGUACUACGGAAACAGGAACCUGCUUGACCCAAAUAUGGGCUAUUAUGGACAUUUUCCUUCUCCUAAUGCUAAGAUCCCCACGUCCUACUGGAAUGUGCCACCAGGGGGAGCUGUGCCCAGCCAGUUGGGGAACCACAGUCCUCAAAGCCAGCAUAGUGGCUACAGUUUUCCAGAGCCUCCGUUACAGUGCCGCAGUGAAUCUGCUGUUGCAGACUUUCCCUCAGAGAGGUCCAGGUGCUCCAGGGAAAGGAUUCUGAGCUACAGAGAUGCUCUGAAACAACAGGAAGAUUGCAGGAUUGGGAGCAACAUUCCUUCCACCAAGAUCCAGGAGCAACAGGAGCGCCGGCGUCUGGAGAGGGAGGAGAGGGAGCGCUUGGAGGCCCAGCUGGAGGCUGACAUGAAAAACCACGAGCCCUGGGGGAGAGGCGGGGGAGGAGCUCCUCUGAGGGACACCAUGGGCAAUCUCAUCGCCGACCUCAAGCAGAUGCACAAGCUGAACGAAGAGGCUUACAGCAACCCGGAGCUGUGGCAGAGGAGAGCCACGGCUGCCAUGACGACCCGCCUCGCAGAGCAGCCUCACCCUGCCGCCAGGGUCACACAGAGCAGCAGCUACGACUCUGCUGACAGGCUGCCUGGCUUCACUCAUGUCCAGACCUCCCAGUUUGCCAGAGGUAAAGUUUUUGCCAGCCAGCCCAGUGAGCUCCAGCUCCAGGAACAGGACAAGUACAAAGCUUAUCUCAAGCAGCAGAUUGACGAGAAAAUGCGUAAAAAAGCAGAGGAGAGGGAACGGAUGAGACUGGAGGAGGAGAAGGAGGAGAGGAGGCUGGCGGAGCAGAGGGCCCACAUCCAGCGGGAGUACGAGGAGGAGCAGGAGAGGAAGAAACGGAAAGAAAUGGAGCAAAAGGCCAAGAACGAGGAGCUGAUCCAGCUGGCUGAACAGAGGAGGAAGGAAGCGGAGAGGAAGAAGAAGGAGGCGGAAGAGAAGGAGCGCGCCGAUCUGAGGAGGCAGUAUGAGCGAGAGAGGCAGGCCAGAGUGGCCGAGGUGCAGAGAGAGCCUUCUCCUCCUAUCCCGACCCUGCAGAGGAAACACGGGCGAUGCCUGCAGCACGCCUCCCGACCCGCCACUGUCCACUCCCACACCCCCACUUCUCCCCUGUCUGAGCGAUUGUCAUCAGGUCUUCAGUCCCCUCCUGUUCCCGCUCGUAGGAACCAGCUCAGAGCUGCAGGAGACCACCGCGACCUGUUCAGUGAGCUGUCGGCGUUGCGUCGGCAGCUCCGCAGCGAACAGAAACGCCUGGAGAGCGAUCUGCAGCGGGGGAACUUGGAGGAGCCGGACUCGCCCGUGAAUAUCAGAGAUCGGGAGCGUCCGGCGGUGGACGUGUUCGACAUGGCUCGGCUCAGGCUCCAGGCUCCGGUCCGAAGGCCAAACUCCCGAAACACAGAGCCUAGAAAUCUACUGCGUAUCCAUGACUCCCUUCAGCUGAAAUACACAGACAGAGAGUCGAGGGCGGGUUCUGGAGAGGAUGCCAAACUGGAGGAAGUGGGCGUGGCCAGUACGAGGAGGCGGGACUACAGAGACUCCUAUCAUCACCACAGCAGCCACAGAUCUACUGUCCAGGAUGAUUAUUUAGACCUGUCUCCACCUGAGCAAAACGACUAUCUGAGGAGUGUGAGCGGUGCAUCCAGAAGAGGUUUCCUGCUCGAGUCUGAGAGCGCUUUCAUGGACCCCCUGGGCGGGGCUUCUCCGGUGCCCCCAACUCCAGAGCAGGACAGGAUCUGUCAGCUGUCGGCCAGGGAGAGGAGGAGACUGGCCAAGCAGGCACAGCGCCCCCAGGAACGAGCUGCUUCCGUUCAGAGGAGUUACACCAACCCUUCAGGUGGCAGGCUGAACCUGGAGGAGGCAGGAAGUGAGGUCAGGAGCCGGAACAGGACAGAACCUCUGGACGGGUCGGGCGACGAGUCCUCCCCUCUUCAGUCGUCUCCUCUCAGUCUGAACCGCGAGAGCUCCGAGGAAACCGUCACCACAGACUCCUGGAUCGGACCAGGAAAAUCGGACGCACUGAAAAGUUUGGACCUAGCAUCCAGGAGAAAGCGGCAGGCUACAUAGGAUCGUGUCCUGGACGUGGCCGCUUCAUGGUCUCAUUUAUUUAUUUUUUUUACAUAGUUUUAUUUUAAUGUUUUGCUUUUUGACCAGAGGAUGUGCUUGUCUGAAACCUCCUGUCAGAUUCACCUCUGAAUCUGACAGGCCAGCGUUUUGCUGUUUGGAUCAAACAUUACGUGUUGGUCCGUGUUUUAAACGUUUUUACUGGAUAAAUUAUGCUUGAAAUUAAAUCUAUUUUAUAUAUUA